AGCAGUAGAAUGAACCAAACAGGCCAUUUGAAGGACCGAAGUAGUCCAGUAAGCGGUGUCUCGUACUCUGCGCUGGCUUAGACUUUGGGGUCUGGAUUUUUUCUGAGCUGUUCUGUUCUGUUCUGUUCGUCUUUCUCUUUCUCACUCACCACCAUUAUUUCUCAGUUCAGCUUUUCCACACAGAGAGAGAAUCUUAAUUAAUUGUAACGUUCACCGAGAAUCCAGCGACGGCGUCGAGUGUAGCCUCUACGCGCCGCUGCAUCAGAGAAUCUUCACUACCGCAUCCUCAUCCACUUCAUCUUCAUCUUCAUCUUCUUCUUCUAGGUGCCACGGAUUUAUGCAUUUGGUGAUAUAACAAGCUGUUUACUCUUGGCAUACCCUCCAAAGUCCAUAAUACAACUUUGGAUAUGCUUUUAUACAUGCUGCUUGUUUGUUUAAUAGAUCUGCAUUCCCGGGAGUUUUAAAAGUUGGGUUGGGUGUUCCUUCAGUCCAUCCUUAGGCUAAUUUGAUUAUUUCUUUUGCAGACACAGAGACAGUGCGAGAGAAUAGAUUUUAUGGACAUCGGAAAUUCACUGGAACCAGAUAGUGGAGCUGGAACCAUGCCAAAAAUUGAGAUUUUGGGUUUGGACUCACCAUCAGAGCACAUGCACUUGAGCCGUAUGGGGGACAAUGUUGCGAGCUCAUCAAGUAGCAAUAUAAGAUCGUCUUUAAUAGGGAUGGGAUUCUCACCAUCUCUUGUUGACAAAGUGAUUGAAGAAAAGGGUGAAGACAAUGUUGACUUGUUACUGGAGACGCUCUUUGCAUAUUCUGCUCUUCAAAAAUCACAAUCUGAAUCUUCAGAUUCUCUCGAUGGCUUAUUUAUUGGCAAGAAGGAUGAAAUAGUUGCAGAUGGCCAUCCAAAAGAGGUUCUUCACAAAUCAUAUUGUGAAUUGUCAGAUUCACUUGAUAGCUUGUUUGGUGAUGACAAGGACACAAGCAGUUCCCCCAAUUUUGCAGCACAAAUAUGUCCAAAAGAGGAGCCUGAUGUAUUUGACGUAGAUAAUGAUGACAGAAGAGCAUCCUUGCUGAUGAUGAAUUUCUCUUUGGAUGAAGUCAAUUUUGCAAUGGAUAAGCUUGGUGAAGAUGCUCCAAUCAGCGAACUAGUGGACUUCAUCUUUGCUGCUCAGAUAGCUGAAAACCAAGUGCAUGAUAACCCAAAUCAUGGCAAUGGAGAAAGGAACAAGGAAAGUACUACUGAAUCCUUGUUUGGGACUAUGGAUAAGACACUUCGUUUGCUUGAACUGGGGUUCUCUGAAAAUCAAAUUUCUGCAGCUAUUGAGAAGUAUGGUACAGAAGUUCCUAUUACUGAGCUUGCUGAUGCAAUUUGUGCUGAUGAAGUUGGUGAUACUUGCUCUGCAGCAAACAAGCGUCUCUUGACUUCUUUCAAUAGGAAUAGGUCUUGGACUAGCGGGAUGGAAGAUGGUCCAAGUAACCAUUCUUUCGAUCCAUUCACUGUAAAAACCGAGGAAUUUUGUUUAGAUGCUGGUUCUCAAUUUAGUGAUAUUGAUUUAGAGAAGUAUAAAGGGAAAAGGCCAAAAGAAGAAUAUAUUGAUGAGUUAAGCAGUUUGAAAAGGCCAAAACAGGAGUACAAUGAUGACUUGAGCAAUUAUCUUGGCCCAACAUGUGCAGAACCAAGAAAAGGGGUUCAGAUCCCUGUACACCGCAGAGAGGUCCAUCGUAAGGCAAGGCGAUUGGAUGGUUUUGAAAUGCGUGAAUCGUCCAAACCCAAGUCGUGCAAGAGUGUUGAUAAAAUGGUAGCUAAACCUCCAUAUUUCUUUUAUGGAAACGUUAUGAAUCUAUCUCACGAUUCUUGGAUGAAAAUAUCACAGUUCUUGUAUGCAACGGAGCCCGAGUAUGUAGAUACUCAGUUCUUCUCAGCCUUGAGUAGGAAGGAAGGCUACAUACACAAUCUUCCUCCUGGUAAUAGGUUUCAUAUUCUUCCAAAGCCACCAACGACCAUCCAAGAAGUAAUUCCACACGCAAAGAGAUGGUGGCCAUCAUGGGACACAAGGAAGCAGUUGAGUUGCAUCAGUACUGAAACUACAGGGAUUUCACAAUUAUGCGAUCACCUCGGGAAAAUAGUAGCCACUUCUAAAGGGCUGCUCUCGGUAGAACAGCAGCGAGACAUCCUCCAUCAGUGCAAGACAUCAAACCUAGUUUGGGUUGGCCGUAAUAAACUGGCCCCGAUAGAGCCAGAAUAUAUAGAGAAAAUUCUGGGCUACCCGAUAAACCAUACUCGUGUUGCCGAGCUUAGCCUACAGGAAAGACUUCAAUUGCUCAAACACUGCUUCCAAACGGAUACGUUGGGGUACCAUUUGUCGGUGUUGAAAUCUUUGUUCCCUGGAGGACUAAGUGUGCUAUCGAUUUACAGUGGAUUUGGUGGUGCAGAAAUUACUUUGCACCGCCUUGGUAUUUACUUAAAAGGUGUCGUCUCUGUAGAGCCUAGUGAAAUGAAGCAGAAGAUUCUCAAGAAGUGGUGGCAGAGUGCUGGACAAAUGGGGGAGUUGGUGCAGAUUGAGAACAUCCAGAAGCUAACGAGUAGCAAGGUUGAGAGCUUGGUUCAGAAGUUUGGUGGCUUCGAUUUGAUCAUUUGUCAGAACCCGUACAAUUACUCUUCGAAGAAACCUACAAUGGCUGUGGACAGUGGUGGCCAUGGUGGUUUAGAUUUCUCGUUGUUUUAUGAGUUUGUUCGUGUUUUGCAGCGUGUAAGGAGUGCAAUGGAGAGAAACAUGUGACUUUUCUGCUCUCCGGUAUCUCAGUUUGUUGAUGAUCGUAGAGAACUUUCAUUCCAGAACUUUACCAGUAUGAACAUUUUAUUUUAAUUUUUCCUAUUUAUAGCGAACUGAUCACAACCAAUUUCCUGGUGAUCGAGCCUGUUGAUUAAAAUCUCCAAUUGUAUUGUUGUUUGAUUCUUUUGCUUAUAUGAAGCCAUUUUCUUGAAAUUGAUCA